AUGUACUUGCGCCCUGGUCUUUGGAACCUUGUUAACGGAAAGGAUGCAAGUUUUUGGUUCGAUGCUUGGUCUCCUCUUGGUCAACUGAUCACACACAUAGGAGCGCAUGGACCAAGAGCCCUACGGCUGAGACGUGAUGCUGUAGUAGCAGAUGCGAUUCAAGGUUCAGCUUGGGUUCUUCCCCACCCAAGAUCGCAGCAGGAAGUCGACCUUCACUCUUAUCUAACGACUGUUUCACUUCCUCUUUCCUCUGAUAUAAAUGAUAGAUAUGAAUGGCAUGCUGGUGAGUCUCCUUUGCGUAUUUUCAGGUCUGCUACGACAUGGGAGGUCUUAAGGCCAAGGCAAGAGGAAGUGGAAUGGCACGACGUGGUUUGGUUCAAGGGAGCGAUCCCUAAACACUCUUUCACAAUGUGGGUGGCCAAUUAUGACAGGUUGCCUACAAGGAACAGGCUAGCGGCUUGGGGGAUGGCCAUCGCCACGGACUGUCCAUUUUGCUCGAGAAGCAUAGAAACCAGAGACCACCUUUUCCUGCGCUGCGAAUACACCCUCGACGUCUGGAGAGAGGUCUUCGUCAGGUGCGGUCCGCCAGUGUCUAGCUUUAUGGACUGGUCAGAACUUCUAUCUUGGAUAAGAGCUGCUGCGCCUGUGAAGCUGAAGCUCAUGCGGAAGCUCGCUACUCAAACGAUCAUUUUUCAUCUUUGGAAACAAAAAAACAAUUUGAUCCACAACCACAUCUCUCUCCCUGCUGCAUCAGUAUUUUACUUUGUCGAUAAGGAGAUGAGAAACAUAAUCUCAGCAAGGAAGCAUAGGAAGGCCUUCUGUUCGCUUAUGGCCUGCUGGUUGAGAUGA